AUGACGGGCAAAGUGCUACAGAAUACAAACGAAUCGUUUUCAGUAGCGUCUACUGUGGAUUCUACCAAUCUCUUGGCCAACUCUGGUCUCUCCGACAUCACAUUAACCCCGAUCAAAAGCCUCAAGGAUGUUCAAACGCACAAUCCAACAGAACUAACAGAAACUCUCCGUAGAGCGCAAAACGGCGAGACUUUUCUUCCCGAGCAGAUAAACUUCCUUGGCCCAGGUUCCGGUGUUCCGAAGAGGAAGAUUGUGUUCCCCCAGGCCUUUUCCAGUCCAAAGCACUCCAAUUCUGGAGUUAGUCUGUCCUUUUUCAACUCUCAACCCGGUUUACAGCUUUCUCAAACUAGUUCGGGAACUUUAAACCCUGUUAAAGGUGCCUAUAAUAUUUUUGAUAAGCGAAAGGUGUCAAAUUCAACUCCUGGUAGAAAAAGGAAAAGAAAGAGAAUACUGACUCCAGAGACUAGUCAAGGUGUCAUCAAUCGUUCUCUUCAUGAACCUCAAGAAUAUUUGGACCGCGCAAACAAGGAAACGCCUCAAAAUCGAACAGAACCUUCAAGUUCUUCACCUUCACCCUCGCCUGUCUCCAGCUCUCUCUCGCUUACUCAGAAACUUCUCACAGACCCUCAGUGCAUCACCAAUCUUACGCUUAUCAUUCAGAUCCUUCUUAAUGCACUCAUAUUUACGUGCUUUAUCCUAGUGAUUCUCAUGUGCUUCCUAUCAGUCAAGCGUGACGUGGAUCACAAAGUCCAAACCUAUGUCAACGAUCUCAUUCACCAGAUCAACGGAUGCAGAAGAGAGUACUUACGAAACAACUGUGCACCAGAAAUGCGUGUUCCUGCGCUCGAAAGCUCUUGUAACGAAUGGGAAAAUUGCAUGGGCCAGGAUCCUGAAUCAGUCAUCACUUCUGUGGCAUAUUUCGAGGUCAUGGCUGAAUGUAUGAACGCUUUCUUUCACAACCUCAGCUUUAGAACUCUCAUAAGCAUGGCAGUACUACUUCUUUGUUCGGUGGUACUUCCAAACGUCUUGUUCAAUAAGUUCAGAUCCACCAGCAGCAAUACUACUACCAAUAACACCACCUACUACAAUAUAACUCAUGAUCAGUCCACUCAGCAGAGUCCUGUACGGUCUGAUUUUUCUGGAUCGCCACGAAGAUUGAUCGACAAUACAGUGUUUUUCACUCCCAUGCAAGGCCCAGAACCUGUUCAAGCAGGCUCCCAAACUGCCACUGGCAGACUCAGUGGAGGACUUCUUACACCUUCUCCCAAAAAGAGCAGCGAAACUAGCGUUAGAUUUAACCCCAAUGUCAGCUACAGUUUCUACGAUAGUGAAUAUACAGGUAAUAACACUAGCUAUGUGGACGCUAGUCCCACCCUGAAGGUGCGGAAUAGAAAUAGAUACUAA